AUGUCUCAUUUUCAAGGAUCUCCACCGCCGCAGGGUGGUUAUUAUCCUCCUCCCCCAGAGAAAGGAAACUACCCACCACCAUCCGGCGCCCCCCCAGGUCAACCAUCCUUCGCCCCUCCUCCACAACAGUCAUUCGCUCCUCCUCCACAGCAGUCAUUUGCCCCACCACCAAAUCAAUUCAGUCCACCACCUCAGGAACAACGUGGUUCGCAGCAGUACUUCUCCCCACCGCCCCAGAACUUCGGACCUCCCUCAGGCCCCCCACCGCCGCAGCAGACCCCACAACAGCAGCCUCAGCAGAAUUUCCAGCAGGGGCCUCCUCAAGCUGGACCUUCUGCACCGGUAGCUCAAGUUGGUGGUGCAAUUAGUCAGGAACUUGUGGGCCAGUUCAAUGGUGGAAGCUAUAGAAUCGAUCAUCGGGAUUCGAAUACCAUUUUGACCAUGAUAUUGGCUCAUGGAUGUCCUAUUACUGCCAAGCCUGGUGCAAUGGUAGCCAUGGCAGCCACCGUAACCCUUAAGGGUUCCGUCAAAGUCUCCCUCAAGAAACUCAUCAGCGGUGGUGAACUCGCUCACUCCACUUUUACCGGUCCGGGAGAAGUGAUUCUCGCCCCAGCAUCCCUAGGAGACAUCGUUCCCAUCCGUCUUGAUGGAAAUCAACAAUGGACCAUGGGUAAAGAUGCUUGGUUGGCGAAUACCCAGGGCGUUGUGAGAGAUUAUAAAAGCCAGGGUAUCGGAAGCGCAAUGUUCUCCGGAGAAGGAUUGUUUGUGUAUAAAAUCACCGGACAGGGAGUUCUAUUCGUGACCAGUUUGGGAGCGAUUAUUCAGAAGAAUUUAGCGCCUAAUGAGCAGUAUAUUGUUGAUAACGGACAUCUCGUCGCCUGGAAUUGCAAAUACAUCAUCGAGAGAAUUGCAAGCGGUGGUAUUAUCAGCGCGUUAUCGUCGAACGAAGGUCUUGUCUGUCGCUUCACGGGACCAGGAACAGUGUUUAUUCAGACCAGAAAUCCAAGCGAAUUUGGUUCUUGGAUCAGGUCGCAUGUGCCAACAGGUGGGGGUGGAGGCAGUUCCCUCCUUUCCUUCUAA